AACGACCUACGGUGAACUGUUGGGUCACUCCUCAUUUUUUAAUUAGUAACGGUGGUAACGACAGUCAAAGGUCAUUUGAUGACGACACACCAGACAAACGAGACUCGUAAUUUCUAAGGCUGCUAGAGGGCGCUUGAUUUCAAAACGUAAUAAUAGGUCGUAAUUCGCUGCUUGCACAAACGACCUAUGGGGUCGUUUUUCGGAGGAGGACACUGUAUACCAUAUUAUUUUACAACCCCAACCCCACAAAGAUCAUAAUAAGUCAUUAGCAUUUGUCUUUAUAAUAUUCUUUUUAAUUGUUGAACAUGUUCUUUUUAAAAAUACAAAUUACAAAUCUUCAUCUCUAGAAUGUGCUAGCUGAAAAAGGGCAUCACCACAGUCCCCUGGGGACUUUGUAUCUGCAGCAUGGCAAAACAGACUUCACCGAAAUAAAAUACAGUAAAAAUUAGUUUGUGUUGUUGUGUUAAAUUUCAGUAAUUUUGUCAAAGUUGACAAGCUCUCUGAUGAGAAACACCAUGAGGAGAUUCAGGCUGAUGCUUUUUCUUUGCACCCUCUUUCCAGAAUUCCAUCUGAUCUGUGACUCUGAAUGGUGUGCCACCAGGGUUGAUUCUCGGAAUGAACCUGCAAGCACAAGAAAAAAAAUAUUUCAAACAAGUGUUAAGAGAAUUUGCCCUAACUGCCAGACUUUGUGCUGUAUGCAAUUUGAGAUUAAUAAAAACACUAUACUCUCUCAAUGCACCUACAAGGAAGGUGCAUAAUUAGUUGAUAAUCCAUCACAAAUCAUUAAAUUUAUAAUACUUAAUAAGUAUAUUAAGUAUAUAUAUAUGGUCACGACUUAUAAUAUUAGUCUGUUUAUUUCUUAUUCCGAGGUCACCGUAGCCACCAGAUCCAGUCCGUAUCCAGAUCAGAUGGUCACUGCAGAUCUAAUAUGGUCACGAAUUAAUGGGGAAGUUGUGGGCUAAUGGUUAGAGAGUCGGACUCAUAACCUAAAGGUCUCAGGUCCGGCAGGAAUUGUAGGUGGGGGGAGUGAAUCUCUCUCUCCACCCUCAUUACCACGACUGAGGUGCCCUUGAGCAAAGCACCGAACCCCCAACUGUUCCCCGGGCGCUGCAGCAUAAAUGGCUGCCCACUGCAACGGGUGUGUGUUCACGGUGUGGGUGUGUUCACUGCUGUGUGUGUGCACUUUGGAUGGGUUAAAUGCAGAGCACAAAUUCCGAGUAUGGGUAACCAUACUUGGCCACAUGUCACGUCACUUUCACUUUCACUUUCACUUUCUUUACAUUCCUUAUAAUGCAUUCCUGUAGAUCAAACAGUAGAUCAAAGUCAAGUCAAGUCACCAUUAUUUUAUAUAGCGCUUUUUAAAAUGCAUGUCAAAGCAGCUUUACAGUAUUAAACAGGGAAAUAGUGUGUUGAGAUAGUGUGUCAUUCCCCUCUGGCGAACCAGCAGGUUGUUCCAUGCUGCAGCAGAGUCAGAUUGUGCAGAUUACUCAUCUGGUUCCCCUGGUCCUGUCCCGAUUGCCAUCUAGGAGACGAGGUCUUCACUAGGGAUCUGUCUCUGGGGCUCAUCUAGGUGUCCUGGUCUCCACUGACGUUCAGGGCUGUAGAGGUCUGGACAUCUCUAGGUGCUGAUCUACCAUCUCAUCUGGAUACGGACUGUAUCCGGGAGACUGCAGUGACCAUCUGAUCUGGAUACGGACUGGAUCUGAUGGCUACUUGGACCUCGGACUUAGAAAGAAACGGAGUAAUAUUAGCGUAGAUGCCAUUCUUUCGAUGUAACAAGUACAUCAGAUGUUAUGGGAAGUGUUCCUGGUUCCAGUUGACCUAAUUAAUACAGCCUAAAAAUCCUUCAACAGAUUUGAAUUAUAGAAAUGUGUUAGUGUGUUAUGUGUACACCAGGUUAAAGAGAUAGGUUUUUAAUCUAGGCAAGGCAAGGCAAGUUUAUUUAUAUAGCACAUUUCAUACACAGUGGUUAUUCAAAGUGCUUUACAUAAAAGGAAGUGAAAUAGUCAUUAAAAAUAAUAAUAAGGAAUUAAAAAUAAUAAUAAUCACAGCAAUAAAAACAAAGUGAUUUAAUAGAAAAUGAUUAUACAGUGCAAUCAGUUCGGACGUAGCACAGUGCUCAUUCAACAAAUGCACAGCUAAACAGAUGAGUUUUGAGUCUGGAUUUAAAUGUGGCUAAUGUUUUAGCACAUCUGAUCUCUUCUGGAAGCUGGUUCCAACUGCGGGCGGCAUAAUAGCUAAAAGCAGACUCCCCUUGUUUUGUGUAAACCCUUGGUAUUUCUAACUGACUCGAUCCUAAUGAUCUGAGUGGUCUGUUAGGUUUAUAUUCAGUGAGCAUAUCUCCAAUGUAGUUAGGUCCUAGGCCAUUUAGAGAUUUAUAAACGAGUAAAAGUACUUUAAAAUCAAUCCUAAAUGUAACUGGAAGCCAGUGUAAGGACAUGAGGACUGGUGUGAUAUGCUCAAAUUUUCUGGUUCUAGUCAGAAUCCUGGCAGCAGUGUUCUGGAUGAGCUGCAGCUGUCUAAUGGUCUUCUUUGGAAGGCCAGUGAGGAGACCAUUACAAUAAUCCACCCUGCUGGUGAUAAAGGCAUGAACAAGUUUCUCUAAGUCUUGACUGGAAACAAAACAUCUAAUUCUUGCAAUGUUUUUGAGAUGAUAGUAUGCUGAUUUAGUUACUGCUUUGACAUGACUACUAAAACUAAGGUCUGUCUCCAGAAUCACCCCAAGAUUUCUGACUUUGAGUCAAGGUAUGCAUUCACCUUGAGAACUUCAUCUUUGUUUCCAAAUACAAUGACUUCAGUUUUCUCCUUGUUUAACUGAAGAAAGUUCUGGCAUUCUGGUUAUUUUUGGUUCAGUAUGUUGAGUGAGUGUUCAAUAGGCAAUACAAGUCCGAGGAUGCAAACUUUUAAACAGGAUGAUUGGUGUAUUUUUUUUAAAUUAUUUUUAUGGUAUUUGCAGGUCAAAAUAUAUAGCCGACCAUUGAUCAUUCUGACCAUGAUCAUCUUGUGCUAAAACUAAUGCAUUGUUGCAAAUAAGCAAUGUUAUAUACCAACAUAAAAUAACAUUUACACAGUAUUUUACAAACAAAGAGUUUAGAUGCAAAAACCUCUAAGCACGUCUGAUGUUUUUCUUUAAAAUUAGUAUUUCUGGCUACUAUGUAUAGGUUUCUAUGCAAGUAUAGGUAGCCUAAUUCUGACUGGGUUGAAGCUGGGAUUUAGCGCAUUUGAAGUGAAAGUAGCCUACUUGCUGAACAUAUACUAUGUGUGGAGAGCAUUCUCUCAGCAUCGUUAUCUCAUUUUUGACCAAGAUGGCUUUUAGAGGCUUUUGCAUUGGAGCUCUUCAAAUAUAAGCAUUUGCAGAAUAAAGAAUGUGCAACACUUAACUACGUCAUCGCCCUACAGUUGGCACUGAGCCUCCCAGAUUAUUACUUUCACUUAUUAGUGAAACAGAGGGACAGGGCGUUUUUACUUCACUGAAUCUGCAUCAUCUUUUUGCAAAAACUGGAAAAUGAAGCUAGUCUUUAUUUUUCUCGUUUUGUGUGUUCGUGGGCAUGAUAUAGUGCCAGUGUCUGUGUUAGAGGGAGAUUCAGUCACUCUAUACACUGAUAUUGAAACAAUCCAACAAGAAGAAAUUAGAUGGUAUUUUAAUGACUUUUGCAUUGCUGACAUCACUGGAGAUCAGAGUAAGAACAGUACAGAUGUUCAGUGUAAUAAUGGUGCAAAGAUAUUCAGAAACCGACUGAAGGUGAAUUAUAUGACUGGAUCUCUGACCAUCACUAACAUCAGCACCACAGACUCUGGACUCUAUAAACUACAGAUCAACAGCAGCAGCGACAGUCUUCUUCAGCUCUUCAGUGUUUCUGUCUAUUUUUCAGAUGCUCCUGAACAAGAUAAAAUGAAGACAAAGUCAGUGAUGGAGGGAGACUCUGUCAUUUUAGAUCCUGGUGUAGUGAGAACCACAAAUUAUUUGAUGAAAUGGAUUUUUAAUGACAUUCGCAUCGCUGAAAUCAACGGAGAUCUUAGUUUUAUUUGUACAGAUGUUCAGUGUUUAUAUGCUGAUGUCAGAUUCAGAGGCAGACUGAAGCUGAAUCAUAUGACUGGAUCUCUGACCAUCACAAACACCAGAACCACAGACUCUGGACUCUAUUAUCUACUGAUAACCACCAUCAGAUUCAGCAUCUUAAAGAGCUUUAGUGUUGAUGUCACUGGUUAUACUGAUGCAGAAAGAGUGACAGUGAUGGAGGGAGAUUCAGUCACUCUACACACUGAUGUUGAAACAAACCAACAAGAAGAGAUUAGAUGGUAUAUUAAUGACAUCCGCAUCGCUCAAACCACUGGAGAUCUCAGUUUUAUCUGUACAGAUGUUCAGUGUAAACAUAGUGAUGAGAGAUUCAGAGACAGACUGAAACUGGAUCAUCAGACUGGAUCUCUGACCAUCAGAGACACCAGAACCACAGACUCUGGACUUUAUCAUAAUCAAGUCAUCAGCGGCAGCAGCAUCAGUCACGAGACGUUCAGUGUUACUGUCUGUGAUAUUUCUGCUGCUGAACGAGAUGAAAUGAAGAGAAAGUCAGAGGAGGGGGGAGAAUCUGUCACUUUAUACACUGGAGAAAUAAAAAACCCAAAUAAAGUGAUGACGUGGUAUUUUAAUGACUCUCGCAUCGCUGAAAUCACUGGAGAUCAGAGUAAGAUCUGUACAGAUGAUCAAUGUAAUAAGAGAUUCAGAGACAGACUGAAGCUGGAUCAUCAGACUGGAUCUCUGACCAUCAUGAACAUCACAAAAACAAACGCUGGAGUUUAUAAACUACAGAUCAGCAGCAGCAGAAUCAGCAUCGUAAAGAGCUUUAAUGUCACUCUACCUAAAUUUCAAACAGGGCCCAUACCCCAUACCCCAGCUACGGACCUGGCUGGUUCAGAAUCAGGUCUGCCUCUAGCCGCUGUAGCAGGAAUGGUAUGUGUUGGUGGAGCUGUUGUUUUACUGCUCAUUAUUGCUGGUGUGGUUUACUAUCGCAAAUGUCAAGCAGGACAACGUGACAUCAUGCUGCACUUCAGUAAUCAGAUGAAUGGCACUGAAGACCCUGUUGAUGACUCCUGCCAAUGAAUCGUUUCUUAAUCAGACUGAAACUAAGGAUGCUAAUGAGACAUCACAGUAACAUUAUUUUUUAGACUUUCAUUGAAAGAAAUCUUGUAACACCUAUAGUGUCAUGAUACCAAGAUUUCAGUAUUCAGCACCAAAACCAGUGAAAUUUCACCCCGACACCAACUUCAACUGAUUAAAUUCAAACACAUUUGCUGUAAUUCAUUAUAUUUAAGUAACCUAAAUAAUAAAUAAAAAGUAGCCUAUCAGGGAUGUUCAUUUCGGUUAUUUUUCCUAACCGACAACCGACGCUCGUUAACCGAUUAUUAACCGUUAACCGACAAGAUUUUUUAAAAUUACAACUAAAUUAGAAGUGUCUGUGACCGUUAAAAAUACUAACAUUUGUUUUCCGGGGAUUAAUUAAUUAAUUUUACAUGCGCAAAAAGCAGCAAACAACCCUAACCUUUUACAAUUCCGAUUAUCUUCAUGACUAAAAGGAGUAGUUGCUUCCACUGUUAAAAGGGAAAAAAUACAAAUAAAAAAUCAAGUGAUUUUUUUAUACACGUAGCUUAUUUUAACCAUACAGUAAACCUUUUAAAAUAUCUUGCUAAAUUACUGAAAAAAAA